ACAAGACGGCGUAGAACCCGCAAAAAUCGACUUUUUUCACUUUCUUGUUCUUACGUGAUCUUGUGUCUUUCGUUCAUGCAAUAUUUCUAUAAAUUAAGUACUAAAGAUUUUGAUCAGUACACUGCACUAAUAACACAGCGCUUUUCUGUUCAUAAAAUGGGAACAAUCCAAAACAAUGAUAAAGAGUAUAGCAGCUCGACACUUAGUUAUGGUGAAUUACCUAUGGAGAUAAUUCUUCAUAUUUUUCGAUAUUUGAGUGCUGCAGACAUGCAAAUAGCAGGUAGAACAUGCCAACGAUGGCGUGAAGCAACAUUUAAUACGGAGUUCACUAAACGAGUUUUAGUUCGAUUUUCCAAAUUAUGUCUAUCAGACAUGCUUACGCCGGCAAAGGACUACGCUAAAAGUGAAAUGCCUUUUCGGAACUUCUGCUUUGAGGAAAUCUCGUUCGGACCAGUGCAACAGGCUAUGAGCCACAUUGGUAGUACGGCUAAGGAAAUAAUAUUUGACAAUGUAGAUAUUGGAGUCAAACAGUUCUGCGAAAUCAUGAGGCUAUUACCAAAUAUAACUUCGUUAAAAAUAACGCACUGUUCACAGCUUUUUAUGUCAGGUUCAUUUUUAGAAAAUGAACCGGGCUUAAGCUUUGCAAAUAUACAUCACCUUUCCCUGAGCGAUAAUCAGUAUAUAUCGGAUGCAAUUUUAAUGCGUUUGACUGAAAUGUUGGAGAGCAUAUACUCUUUAGAUUUGUCCGGUUGCCACAUAGCUUAUCACAACGCGAUUCAACGGCGAUUUUAUCCAAAUGAAGGUGAUAUAUUACCAUGCGAAUCUAUAUUGACCUUUAAGUUCAUUAUUCGCAUAUUAGCAUUGCAUCACGAGCAUAUACGUUGCCUUAACUUUAGUAAUACAUUGAUCGGCGCCCCAGCUCUAUCUGCUCUAUGUGAGCUGGAAAGGGGAGAACUCCAUUUGCAUCGUCUUGGACUAGCGAAAUGUAGGCAAUUAAAUGCAAUAUCUCUCAAUUUACUUUUAACUUCGCAAACAAAUUUAUUGGUACUGGAUCUAUCGGACACAAUCUGCGUGAACGAUAGUUGCCUUGAUGUAAUUGUGAAAAGUGUCUCUUCGCUACAAGAGCUUAAUAUUGCUGGUUGUGUUAAUAUUUCAAAUGAAGGAGCGUCUCUUUUAAACAAAUUAAAGAACUUGAAGCAUUUGAAUGUAUCACGUUGUGAUGGUAUACAAUCGGACGGUCUUACAAAUGGAGUGGCAGCUACACUUAAUGUAACAUUGCUGAUUCUUCAUAUGAGUCAUAUACAGGUAUGCGAGGAGGCCAUCAAGGUUCUAGCUAAAAACCUUCCGGAGCUGCGAGUUCUAAACUUAGGGUACUGCGUGAAUGGAGUAACCGAUGAAUCAGUACAGAGUAUCAUUCAAAAUUUACGAUGGCUACGGGAAUUGUCUUUGGAAAGCUGCUUUAGGAUCACGGAUGCAGCUUUGACUGGUAUUAAUAUUACACAGUUAGUUCGUGCGCCCAACUUACGCAACUCGCUUGAUGGGAUUCAGUCGUAUUCAAAUCUGGAAAAUCGUGAUUGCUUAAAUAAAUCCAAUCAAUUGUUUAAGAUCUCAUUGCGAAGCAAAGCGGAAGAGGAAAUUGUUCGUGACGCCAAUAGAAAAAAAGCGAUGUUCGAAGCUUAUGAGCUAAACUUGAUUGAAGAAUGUAGUACCGAUGGCUAUAAUUUAAAGCAUUUAAAAGGUCUCAAAUCUUUAAACUUGAGUAGCUGCAAUAAAAUAUCAGAUGUGUCUUUAAAAUAUGGCAUACAAUUUCUUGAGUUGCGCCAUUUAUCGCUUUCUAAUUGCCAACAAAUUUCGCUUAUUGGCGUUCAACAAAUGGUGAAGGAUUGUCCUUCCAUAGAAAUUCUUGAUUUGUCGGACUGCGAAAGUAUUAAUGAUAAAGCUAUACAAAUAAUAACAAAAGCACUGACCAGACUCCGGAUUCUACACAUAAGUGGAUGCAGCCAGUUAACUGAUCACAGUUUGGACGCUAUCUUAGUGAAUUGCAAAAAUUUACAGACACUUUCAAUACAUCGUUGUCCACGAAUAUGCACCGAUAUUGAAGAAAGGUUGGCAGAAAUGACUACACUACGUAACAUAAAAGUGGAUAAUACAACAAAUAUGGAUAAUGCUUGUUUACUUCGGUUAAAAAAACGUCUUGAGUGCUGAUAUUUUGUUGCCACCUUUUUCUUUUUUCUUGUAUUACGUUGAAUUCUAUAAUUAUGGCUGAGAUCUUCCAUUUAAGAUCAAAAUGUUAUUGCUGUUGUUAUCGAAAGCGUUGCUCAUUGACCUUUUAGUGAAAAAUAUUACCAAACAUGUUAAAAAAUAGUGAUAAUUAUUACCAAAAAUGUUGAAAAAUUAAAUAAAAUUAUAAGCACUCACUGAGACCUGCGGACCAUGA